AUGUCGUCAAUCAACCCUAUCGUACCAGGUUUCGCACCAGAUCCGUCUGUCGUCAAAGUAGACGGAUGGUUUUUCCUCGUCAACUCCAGCUUCCAUCUAUUUCCUGGUCUGCCCAUCUAUGCCUCGCAGGACCUCAUUUCGUGGCGACAUAUAGGAAAUGCUAUUAAUCGCCAAUCUCAACUGAGUCUGUCCAAAUCGGAGACGGACCUACACCCGUUGCCCACGGGUGAAGUUCUGGUGGCCACCGGAGGCUUAUAUGCGCCCACAAUCCGAUACCAGGACGGCAUCUUCUAUGUCGUAUGCACAAAUGUGGUUCGCACAGCCACCGGCGACUCCAGGCAGAACUUCGUCAUCUCAACCAAGGAUAUCUGGGCCAACAACUGGAGCGAUCCAGUGUAUUUCGAAUUCAAUGGUAUUGACCCGAGCCUCUUCUUUGAUGGCGACGGCAAGACAUACAUUCAAGGAUCCGCUGCAUCCGAUCCUCUCACCACGAUCAAUAUGUUCGAGAUCGAUCUACGCUCCGGCAGAAAGCUCUCAGAGGAGAGAACGAUAUGGCGCGGUACCGGUGGUAUCUACCCAGAGGGCCCACACCUGUAUAAGCAGAAAGGCUAUUACUAUCUGAUCAUUGCGGAGGGCGGCACCCAUGAAGGGCAUAUGGUGACCAUGGCGCGAUCAACGGACAUCUGGGGUCCGUACGAAGGGUGUCCCAACAAUCCGAUACUCACAGCGCGAGACACCGACGAGUACAUCCAGUAUACUGGGCACUGCGAUGUGUUUCAGGACGACAGGGACCAAUGGUGGUGUACGUGUCUCGGCGUGCGGAAAGACAAGAAUGGCCGCUAUAUCAUGGGCCGAGAGACCUUCCUGACGCAAGGGAGCUGGGACGGAGAUUGGCUCUCCCUGGAGAAGGUCGAACUGAUACCGCGUGGCCUUCUAGCCAGCGACGAAGGGAAACAGCUCAUUGCCAAUCCCGGCCUUGACUACGUCUACAUACGCGAUGCCAAUCUGAGCAAUUACACCCUACCCAGCAGUACCGGUGACUAUCUGACCCUGACUGCGUCAACCGCCGAUCUGUCACAUCCUGAGCUCAGUCCUACGUUUGUCGGUAAGAGACAGCGCCAAUUACAUGGAUUGAGUAGUGUCAAGCUGGAAGCUGUGCAGCCAGCUUGGGGUGCGGCAAAGCUGCGGGCUGGAAUGGCCUGCUACAAGGACGAGCAUCGCUUCCUCCGAAUAUACUAUGACGCUACAGACCUUGCUAUUGUUACUGAGGUAAUCAACAAGCCAAAGGGGAUUUGUCGACAGGAGCGGCAGACACUCGAGAGUCUCCCCAAGUCAGUAGUGUUUCGAAUGCAAUAUACUGAACAGGAGUAUCGGCUAUUCUACACUGUUGGAGAUGCCGUUCAGUCGAAUUGGACGUGUGCAUCGACGAUUGACACUCUGGAUCUGACUGGCCCCGAUUUUACAGGCCCGGUCAUUGGUGUUUUUGCGGUGGCAGAGACAGCAGAUACGGCAGUUCAGUUUGGAAACCUCACGAUUUGCUAG